CAAAGCGAGGCAGGCUAUCUAUGUAACUGUGUCAAGAUGUCAGUUUCCGAACGAACGAUUUUAGCUUGCUCUAACCAUAGACAAGCUAAACUUUACUUUUUAUUAUUGUCAACAUGUCGGACAAUGAAGACUUGUUAGGCGAUGAUUUAGGAGACCAGAGUCUCGCGGACUACAACCUUGGUAAUGAGGAGGAGGAGCAGCUCUUGGCUGAUGAUUAUGAGAAUGCUGCGCCUCAAAAUGUUCCAACAUCGAUUGGGUCCGGGUACCGAGAACCUUUGGACAUGGUGCCUUCGGAAUACCCCGCUCAUGUUAUCGAGUACAAUAAUCAGCCACCGAUGCAGUACCAAGCAAUGGCAGACACAGAAUGUGUGGUUCCCAACAUAACGGUAGAAGUACCGGUGGCACCGAUACAGGAACUGCCGACGUACGCACCUUAUGAACCACCGGCUUAUGAGGAGCAUGCCGUUCCACCGGCUAUUCCAGCGUCUCCCAUAGAAUCACCACAGAUUGUACCAACAGACAUGAAUGCUCAAAUACAAAAUGGUGAUCUGGUGGGUAACCGCUCUCGCUUCGUGUCGGAGCGGCCGCCCGGCGCCCAGCGCCUGCCGCAAGUCAGGGACAUUCCCGAUAGCUUAGACAAAGUGGUAAUCCCUCGCGGUGGGUUCAGUCGCGGGCGCAGCACGUGGCGCAACCCACAGUUCGCGCCGCGGUACUCACAUCCUUACAGACGGAAUAAUAUGCAUCGGGGUAACUUCAACCAGCGCGCAUCAUUCCCACCCCCUCAACUCCGCCCCAGUCCCCCACAAAACAGACCAGAAAUUCGCCCUGAAAUGCGUCCUGAAAUCCACCCCGAAAUCCGGCCCGACAUGCGACCGGAUAUCCGCCCCGAAAUGCGUCUCGAACCCCCCAACCUACCCCCACAAAUGGGCCCCGAAAUAUCCCCUGAAAGGCCUAUCCUACCCCAAGAUAUACCCAUGUUCCGUCCCCCACUAGAGCGUCCGCAAUUCAUGCCUCGCUUCCAAUACCGGCCGCCGAUGGACGAGCGGCCUCAAUUUGGGCCUAUGAGGCCGAAUUUCGAGCCUAGGCCUUUCUUUAGGCCUAGUUUCCCCCCUCGACAGUUCGGGCCUCCUAUGAGGGAGAUAGUGCCAAAUGCUAGUCAUAUGCCUCAAGUGACGAUACGUCAGGCGUUGCCAUUGCCGGAUAAGAAAGAAGUGAGGGAACCAGAAGUCCGGAUGUUGCCGGUACCUUUGCCGGCUAAUUUGCCUCCCGGUGGUCUAGCCGGCAAAAAGGUGCUCAUCAAUCCACAUUUCAAAGGAAACUUCCAGCCGCCUGUUGAAGGGUUGCCAGUCUACAUUCCGACGCGAAUACAAAAGUCGCCGCCCCUCAGUCCUACGAUUGAGAGCAAAUUCGGUCCAGUGAAAGACAUAGAUGACGCAGCAGAGAGGUUCAUAGCGGAACAGAGAAACGCACUCGCUCGAGCCGCCGGCAGGAAAUAUAAUAGGAGAUCACCACAGAGAUACAUAGAGAACACUACGAUAGAGAUUGAGAAUGACUUAGCUCACAGUCAGCACAGGAGAAGCAACGAUGAUGAUGACUUACUGCGGAGACAGGAGGAGUUCAUCAAUGCUAACAGGGCUGGUUUGAGAAGAAGGAUGCGUUCCCCGUCCCCCGCGCGUCGUUCAGUCUCCCCGCGACGUUCUCCCGAGCGACGCCCCAGACCUGCGACCGACGCUCCUAGGCAUAAUGAUGAGGACAGUGAAUACAAGCGUCGUCUGCGUGAACAGGAGAGUUUACGUGAGCGAGUGCUGCGAGCUAAGGAAGUGCGGCGCAGGAAGAAUGCCGUCGCCAUGCAUAAGAUGAUGCAGGACAAGGAACGCGAAACUCACGAAAAGGAAAAAGAUAAAGAAAAAGUAACCCAGCCCCAACCAGAGCCUCCCAUCCAAGUAGCAGUUCCAGACCAACUGGUGACAGCUCCCGCAGAAAUACAGCACAACAAACCAGACACAACCCGCACUUCUCCAGACAAGAAGGUGGAGAAGACUGGGAAAGCGGAGAAGGUCGAGAAAGUGGAGAAGGUCAGGGAAAGGUCGCCGGUUAAGGAGGAUAGUGUUGAAGUUAAUUCUACUUGUGAAAACCUAACCCCACCUCACAAGACAACCCAGAAACGGGAAUCAGUGGACAGACUGACGCCUCCCCUGCCGGACAGACGGACGGACAGCGACGACGACCUCGACCUUAUACUGGGCGACAUCGACGGCAUACUGUCCGACGAUGACGAUAGCGGACGGUUCAAGGAUAAGAAUAAGAAACCGGACCCGCCGAAGUCCAAGCCUCAAGUGGACUUACGUUCCAAGCUGCCCCCCAAGUCUUCCAGCGAACACAAGAAACAGCAGCGACAGAAGAUCGUCUUCACUGACGAUAAUAAAGACGAGACCAAGACUAAGAAAAAAGAAAGGUCUCCAUCGCGUCGAGCCGUAGUAACGAGUUCGACUGUCACAGAAGACUCUACAACGCCUAGCGAAGCUAAAAAGCCAAAGGUAAAAGCAAAGCUGGACGCAGCUGCAAAAUCCAGACAAAGGAUAACGUAUGAGAAAGAGCAAGCAGAAAAAGAAAAAGAAGACGACAAAAAAUCAUCGUUCUCAAACCGCAGAGUUAUUCUCCAACGCAAGUCAGGAGCUACCAAAGAUAAGUCCGUCUUCUCCAGAAUUGAGGUCAAAAGUGACCCUUCGAAGCCUAACCCUGGCAUUUUCAGCCGGGCUGUCAGGACAGCUAUCGGUACAGAAAGUACCCGAAUAGUUAUUAAAAAAGAGGAACCACAAGUACAAUUUGAAAGUGAUUCAGAAAUUGAUGAGGAAUCGUUGUUAGAAGACACGGGGAAUACUGCAACGGUGUCCAACUUGCCACAUGGAAUGACUGACACGAGGUUGAAGACUCUGGCCGGGAAUGAAAUACAGAAUUUAGUAUUGGAUAAAGAAGAACGAUCAGCGAAGAUAACUUUCAAAACUACAGUAGCUGCUGAAAACUUCAAAAAGAAAUUUAAUAACAAGAUGGUCGCCGCCAGCCGAUUGUCCGUCACGUUGCGCUGAACACGAAAUGAUGAAACUUUUUAUCAUUAAUCAUCACGUAGAAAUGCGUCUUAUGUUCGCUAUGUUCAAUGUAGUGGAUGUUAACAAUACUUUGUAUGGAAUUGUAAACAUAGACACAUGUUUUAGACUCUGGUAGAAUAUGUCAAAGUUGUGUCAAAAUUGCUUACACAUAUGUAAAAUUACAGAGUAUACAAUGUUAUUGAUAUUUUUGUAAUUAAGCCAUGUUUAAGUUAAAACUAGACAGUUAUGUUCUUACUUGGUUAUCUGUAUGUUAUUUCUGUAGAUUUAGAAUCCUGCUACCGUUUGAUAGAUUGGUAAUGUGUGACAGAUAAUUACCUAUAUUUGGAGUGACUCCAAAACAUGAACACUAAACACCUAGUAGUGGCUCUGUAUGUAUUAAACGCAAAUUUUACAAAAAACCCUGCGAUAUUUUGAAAAAUACUCCUAAUGUUCUUUGAUCAUAAUAAAGAAACACUACAAUAAACAGAUUGUAAAGUAGAAUCAGCACAUAUUUACUCAAACAUGAAAAAGUCACUUAACUGAUAUAUUUCAUUUUUGGCUUCACUAGAAUCAUUCGAUUGCCAAUCUAUAUCUAUGGUAAUUUCUUAACAUAUUCUAACAUUUAUGUCACGAAAUAGAAGAUUAAAAAAAUUGAGUUAGAGAAAUCUAAAAUUAAUGUUUACAAAUUGUACAUUUUUAGCAUUUAGUUCUAACGUUUUAUAUAGACAAACUAACUAUCAAUAAAUAGUGUUCUCUUAUUUGAAAUAGAACUCGCAAUAUUAUAUAGUUCACUGCCAAUACCGGUCAUUGAUGUCUUACGACUAUUUCCAAUAUCAUAUGUAUUCGUUAAUUUGCUUACUAGACAUAGGAAAUUUGACAUAACUUAUAUGGGACGUAUGUAAAAGUAUAGGGAACGUCAAAAUGGCAGUUUACCAUAAAAUUGUUCUGCUUGAUAACUGUAAUGAUAUUUACAUUACACAUGAUUUUUUUUUUUCAAAAAUUUUGGGUAUUUUUCUUUUCUUAUUAUGGUAAAUAGGGGUUUUAUUGUAGUAUUAUUUUUAGGUGUAUACUGUUUGUAUAAUUAGAAGGUCAAUUUAACUAUUCAUCACAUUUUAACAUGUUCCCAAAAUUGUAUACUCUUACCUAGGGGUAUUGGGUUUCCCAGGAAACUGAGUUAAGGAGGUCAGAUAGGCAGUCGCUCCAUGUAAAAAGAUACAGGGUGACAAUUUGACAAAACGAAUUCAGGUAAAGCAAUAUUAGAUUUUUAGUUUUAUUGCUCAAGUCUUUUAUACACAACCUAUACCUUUGAUUAACACUAAUAUAAAAGUUUGGAAGUGUUUCAAAGUUAUAAAUAAUUCUGCUAAUAGGUUUAUAUUAUAUAGGAUCACAAGGCUUCCUUUUAUCAAUAAAGUAUUCGAAUAUACCAAAUCUACAAAAUGCUUUAUGAUGAAUAUUCGUUUUCAGAUAUAUUAAUGCCAUAUUAUAAUGUUAUCUCAAAUUAUCACCCUGUAUUGUUUAACUGUGAAUUACAAUAUUAAAGAUUGAAAUUUGACAUAAUUUAUAUGAAGCCAAUCCUCAGUAAGUUGUUGUAUCUGUAACAAACUAAAUUAAUAUGUAUUUUUAGUUUGUAAUUUUGUGUGUUUUUGACCAAUAGUUAAUUCUCUGCAAUCAGUCAACUAUGUUUGUAAAAUUGCAUUGGCAAAAUAUAAACGAUAUGGCAAAUGGUCCCUACAUGCAAUAUUAUUUAAAACAUUACAUUUUAUUUGUAUGUUUAUCAGGUAAAAACAUAUUUGAUUAGUAUAAUACUGAAUUGUACAAAAUUUGCUUCUUUGUGGUUUCCAAUUAUCUUAUACUUACAGAAACUUUGUUACAAGUAAUUUAUAUUCGUUCAUGCAUAUUUAAGUUUUUCAUAUCAAUAUAUGUAAUUUCAAAAAUCUUGUAUAAACAAAUAAUUAAUAGCUAGUAUAUUAUUUUUGUCUCUUCACUGUUUUCCAAUGUUACCUAAACAUUGCUUUGUAUUGAGACUUACAUGUAUUACUAUAUUAUCAUAGGUGUGACAAAACGAAAAUAUGAAAAAGUGACACUACAACAAAUAUUAGCCACUUCACUGUUCACGAUGCAGACACAAUCUGUGUAUCACAUAUGACUCCUGAGACAGGGGAAUUAUUAACUGUAUUCAAACACAAAGUACUAAAAUGCAAUAAUGUACAUGUAGCACUCUAUAUAACUACAUAUAUAUGUACCUACUUACUAAGUUAAAAUGUAUUGUCGAAUGCAAACUUAUGUUUUUCUGUGUAAAGGACGCCAUUUUAUUGAAUAUUAAAAUUAUACUAGCUCAUACUUAGCAUUUUUUGUAAGUAUUUCAUGAUUAUGUUAUCAAAAGGUUUCAUCGACUUUUUAAUUAUUACUGAAAUGUAUGAUUGACUGUAAAAGCUUCCAACUUUACCAUUUACUUGAGUUAAAAUUGCUACUAAACAAAGUUUGUAUUAUUUAACCAAGAUAUUAUAACUAUUUGUAGUUUUUCUAACACCAGUGUGACAAGCUAUUUUACAACUAAAUGUGGUUGUUUAUUCACAGUGUAACUAAGAAUUAAUACAUGUAUUGUAUGGAGAAUUUUUACCUGUAUCUUACAUCCAUACAACAGUAGGAAAAAAUUGAAUAUGUUUGUUAACAAUACAUUAACAUGUUUUAUUUAUAUAGACGCUUUUAAUAAUGUGACUCCUGUUUACUAAACUUGCAAAUUAGGUUAUGCGUUAGGCACUGUCAUAAAUAGAUGUCGGAUUAUAUGCAUCUACAUCUUCACGUUAUGCAAGUUCAUAUAAGGCAAUUUAAGUGUUAUUGCACAUUUAGGUACUGUCCUAUAAAUUGUAAUUAUUUUAAGGGGUGCAAUAAGUCACGCCUGUUUAAUUUGGAAACUACGGACAAAGAUAUUAGGCGUUUAUCUCACAAGAUCUCUCGGCCAAUGCGCUAAUUGAAAAUUGUGUGUGUUUGAACAGAAAAUAAUUUCUGUGGAUUCCAAAGUGGGUGUUUUUUAAACAGACUUGAAUGUCUGAUCAGUCAUAUUUAUACAAAUUGUGAAAAUAAACGUGAUUUAACCACUUCACUGUCCACGAUUCAGACACAAUAGUUAAACAAUUGGUGUGUAUCAUAUAUGACUCAUGGGACAGGGAAGUUAUUAAAACAAAUAUAUUUGAACACUGCAUUUCUGUACAUAUUGCCCACUUACUGCAUAUUUUGGCAUUAUGACAGUGCAUAUAAUCCGAUGUCUAGUCACAAAUUACACAUUUUUCUUGUGUGUAAAAGUUUUACUUACAUAAGUAGGUUGAAAAUACAUAUUUACUUUUUAUUCAAAUAAUGACGAAUUAUAAUGUUGCGAUAACUUAGUACCAUAGAUAAAGUAAUAUAGGUGCUUUUAAUAUUUUUCUUGUAUCUUUGCAUUUAUAUUUCGGUACUCAAAACGUGUUAUUUUAGUACUAAAAAUUAGGGAAAAUUAUUCCUAUCAAAGCCAUAAAAAUUACAUUUAUCAAUUAUUUUUAUUUAGGCUCUCUUCAAUCUAAAAAUAAAUACAGAAAAGUUUGCUGUAUUUUGAUGUUCUUCGAUAAAAAAUGUUGUUCUCUUGUCUUUUAUUAUAAAAUAUAACUUAAGUUUGUCUUUUUUAGUGUUUAGACGUGACGAAGUAUAAUGUUAGACGUAGAGCUAAUUUUACUUUCGUCGAGGCCGCCUUGUACUGAGUGAUUUUAAGACUUAGGUACAUGAUUCUUGCGAUACUCGGUUUUGAAGCGAGAUGGAAUAUUAUAAUAUAAUCGAGAUUAUUUGAACUAUUGUUUAUGUACAACAGUCUUUUUUUUACUGAUUAUUAAAAACUGGUUCAGUAUUUUUUUGGCUGAUAUAAAGGUUUGCCUCGAUUCUUUCACUCAUUUCGAGGCGACCUCGUCAAAAGCAAAUUUUCGCAUUGCGACCCAUUGUUAUUAUAAUGCAAAUAAAACUAUGCUAGAAGUGGAAAA